AUGGUGAAAGAGGCGAACGGGACAUGGAGAAUGUGCACCGAUUUUACCGAUCUGAACAAAGCAUGUCCCAAGUAUAGACGGUCUGGAGCUACUUAUCAGCGUUUGAUGGACAAGGUAUUUCAGGAUCAGAUCGGGAGGUGCAUGGAAGUAUAUGUGGAUGACAUGGUAAUACGUAGCCGAACGGUAGAGGAGCAUGUUCAGAAUUUGGAGGAGGUCUUUGGACAAGUGAGAAAGUUUGGGAUGCGACUUAACCCCUUGAAGUGUACCUUUGGGGUUUCAGCAGGAAAAUUCUUGGGUUUUAUGCUAACUUCUCGGGGGAUAGAAGCAAAUCUCGAUAAGUGUAAAGCGAUUCUUGAGAUGAGAAGCCCGCACAGUUUAAAGGAGGUCCAACGGCUGGUAGGACGGUUAACAUCUUUGUCUAGAUUCAUACCCAAACUAACCGAUCGUAUUAAACCGAUCUUGGCGAUAAUGAGAAAAGGGGCACAAGAGGGGUGGAAUGAGCAAUGCGAGGCGGCAUUCGCAGAAGUGAAGGGCAUUCUGACAAACCCACCAAUGAUGAGACGUCCAGACUACGGCUACGAGUUGCAGUUGUUCUUAGUUGUCGGUGAAGAGGCCGAAAACCAAGAGCUUCAACAGUGGACACUCUUUGUGGAUGGGUCGUCCGGUCGACAGGGGGGAGGAGCGGGGAUUGUGCUGGAGGGACCGAACGAUGUCGUGGUGGAGCAGGCUCUGAUAUUUAAAUUCAAAAUUAGCAACAAUCAGGCUGAAUACGAGGUCUUAAUAACUGGAUUAGAGUUAGCCAGAGAUCUGGGGAUAGACUCCCUAAGCUGCAGAAUUGACUCGCAAUUGAUAGAAGGGCACAUGAAGGAGAACUUUCAGGUGAAGGACAAACAACUACUACAGUAUUAUCACAAAGCAGCACAGCUGAUGGCUCAAUUUAAGUCCGUAGAGCUAAAGUAUAUCCCGAGGGGGGAGAAUACAAAGGCAGACCGAUUGUCUAAACUCACAAUCGGUAGGGAGCAGGGGCAUUUGACUUCUUUGAUCCGACAGGUCUUGUUCAAGCCAGCUAUUGAGUGCCUUCAUGUCAGCUGUAUGGUCGAACGGGACGAUUGGAGGAGAGAGAUCAUGCUGCUGAUUAAAAAGCAAGAUGAGGGAACCACUCUUCGUUCUGAUGAAUCCAAACAGAUUGCUCGGUAUGUCGUGAUAGGGGAGGAGUUAUACCGGAGGGGAUAUAUGACACCCAUGUUAAAAUGUUUGUCAAAGGAAGAAUCUGAAUAUGUAAUGAAAGAGUUGCACGAAGGGAUUUGCGGUAGACAUGGGGGCGGUCGGUCACUUAGGGCCCGAGCACUAAGGGCGGGAUUCUAUUGGAUCACGAUGGAAAAAGACUGUCAAACUUUCGUUCAGAAGUGUGUAGCAUGUUCAUUCCCGACCGGCCGAGCACAGUUGAAGUUCCUCUUGGUGGCAGUUGACUAUUUCACCAAGUGGGUGGAAGCCGAACCUUUAGCCUGGAUAACUGCAGCACAGGUGCAAAAAUUUGUGUGGAAGCUAAUUUGCAGGUUCGGCAUUCCCAAAUUCAUCAUCACAGAUAAUGGACGACAGUUCGUGGAUGGGAAACUUAUCAAGUUCUAUAAAGAGUUAGGGAUCACUCCUUUAACAAGUUCGGAGCUGAAGAAAAAGUUGGGCGAAGCAAAAGGAGCAUGGGUCAACGAGCUUCAACAGGUGUUGUGGGGGUACCGAUGCUCACCCCAUAGUGCAACCGGGGAAUCCCUGUUCAACCUCACGUACGGAACGGAUGCUAUGUUACCUGUGGAAGUGGGGGGAGCCAUUGCAAAGACAAACCUAUAA